CUGCGGGGCGUCCCCCGCCUCCCGGGCGGCCUCUCCCUCGCUCCUCAGGGCGGCCCCGGGAUGGCGGCGUGAGGCGGCGGCACCGCGCGAGCAGCCUGCCCCUCGGAGGAGUUGCUGGAGCACAUCUGACUGCUACUGCCAGCGAGGCCCAAGCCAGCCACAAUGUACUGCCUUCAGUGGUUGCUACCUGUCCUGCUCAUACCCAAGCCCCUCAACCCAGCAUUGUGGUUCAGUCACUCAAUGUUCAUGGGAUUCUACCUGCUCAGUUUUCUCCUGGAACGGAAACCUUGCACAAUUUGUGCCUUGGUCUUCCUGGCAGCUCUAUUCCUCAUCUGCUACAGCUGCUGGGGGAACUGCUUCUUGUAUCACUGCACAGGAUCCCAGUUGCCAGAAUCAGCUCAUGAUCCCAACAUAGUGGGCACCUAGAAAAUCAUAAUCUUCCAAUCUGCUGAGGGCUCAUUUUGCUUUUAAAAAGGGGGUGGGGCUGGGGAGGAGGGGGCUGUUGGGUAUGGGACUGGAGUAAGGACAACCUGUUUCCUGUAACUGUGCGUGGACUGGAGUGGCAAAUUCUUCCCACUCUGCCUGUGAAAUUCGACUCGUUUACUGUGUGAACUCUGGCAGCACCACCUGCUUUUUUAGAAGCAGAAGUCUCUCUUUUUUCUUUCCCGUAUCACCGGGAACAGACACCAGCCCUCUCAACUAAGAACUGCUGGAAGCCUGAGCUGCUGGUCCCUGCCCAGCUGGGAGUGCUGGAGUUGUGUCUCACUUGUCUGCAUUAGGCCAUGGUGGUCUAACUCAGGGCUCUUGGCCCAUUGAUCCUGCUUGAAUAGCUACAAGAUCCUCUAAGUCUCUCUUCGUGGGGAGCCAGCCUUCCCACCUUGCUCACAAAUGGACUUGGCUGAAAGCUGCAGGAGCCAGAGGCAGUUGAGUCAUCUCCUCCUGCCCAGACUGCCAAAGAGACGUGUGCACUGCUGAAGUGCUUUCUGAACUCUGUGCUCCAAGAUCCCAGCCUGAAAGCCUCAGUUAUGCUGCUGCUUUUAUAAAGCCUGAUAGGCAGUAGAGACUGUCUCUUCCCCCCUCCUCCAUGUCCCAGGUUUACCAAGCUGUUGACUGUUGGGAGAAAGAACCAGCAUGCUGCAAGACACAGGGUUUUGGAAACCUCUGUGAACUUCAUCCUACAAAACUCAUGCUAGCCCAAAAGGCUGGGUGUGGGCAGGGCAGGAGAGGAUCCAUGAGGUGGAGGCAUGGCUUGGAGCAGUAAAAGCUUCAUCCAUUUUCAGAGAUAAUGGUUUUGGGCCAGAGGUGACAAAGUGCUGGUGCUACUGACUAGAGAAGGCUGGAAAAAUGCCUGGUGUCUGCAGCUUCCCUGGCAGAAGGAUGUCAAGAAUCUAAGGUGGUGGUGGGUCAAGCCUACAGCCUGGGCCAGAGGUUGGUUUGUGAGAAGCCUUAGAGGUUGACACAAAACACUUACCUCUAAACUUUGAAGGUUUCCCUCCCCUUUGCCAUCUGUUUGUCUUUCCUUCCGUCUUCUGGUGGAGAGCAGCAGAAGUGGCUGUGUUGCUGUCCUGAGGCAAUUCGAGCUACGAGGUUGUGAAACUUCCAGAGUAUUGUUUGUUCAUUGCACAGCUGUUCAAAAUGUUUAAUAAAGCUUUAUAAACUUUG